AUGUCUAAUUAUAACUAUCGUUGUAUUCGUAAACCUCACGAGCAAUCCAAAACGUCAUUUGGUGUUCCAAAAAUUGAAAGCGAGCGUAAUAAAUGGGAAGAAAGUUUAGGGAUGACAUUAAAAAAAUCUCAUCUAGUUGAAAUGAGUGAAUCUACAAAAAGAUCACUUUUGAGUUAUUUCAAAGUGGAACCUAAAAGAUUGAAAACUUCUGGAGAUGAAGAUGAUCCUCAAGAAAUACCUGAAAACCCACAACUACAGUAUAAUUCAAAAAACAAUAUUUCCACUUCUAGUUCUAAUUUAGUUUCUAUAAAUGAUACAAUUUUAAAUGAAGUUAGAAUUGAAUGUACAAAUGAAUUAAGUACAGAACAAAUUGUUUGUUCUUAUGAUAUUAGCUUAUAUGUUGGACCAAAAGCCAGGAAGAUUGAUUCAAAGACAAGAUUUGAGUUGUUAAACAAAGAAGAUUGGAAUCCUAAUUUCAGCUAUAGAUUUCCAACUUCUGGGAAAAGAAAUUUAAGAUUUCAAUUUAAUUGGUUAAACAGAUGGAAAUGGCUUGUUUAUUCAAAAAUAGAAGAUGGUGUAUACUGUAAAAUAUGUGUUUUAUUUGGAUACACAGAAGGUGGAAGAGGACAUCAACAACUUGGGAAACUUGUACUUGUAAAGUUUAACAAUUGGAAAAAUUCAUUUGAAAAAUUUAAUUCCCAUGAGCAUUCUGAAUAUCAUAAAACUGCUUUAAUGUGUGCUAAUAAUCUUAUUGCGGUUUUUACUAAUAAAAAACCUGCUGUGGAUGUAAUGAUUGACAACAAUUUAAAGACAACUAUACAAAAUAAUAGAAAUAAGAUCAGACCGAUUAUUGAAACAAUUAUACUGUGUGGUCGCCAAGGAAUUGCUAUCAGAGGCCACAGAGAUUCUGGAACAAUUGAUUUAACUGCUGAACCUACACAAAAUGAGGGAAACUUUCGGGCCUUACUAAGAUAUUUUGAUAAAGAAAAAAAACAAAUUGUGGAAGAAUUCUUAACAUUUACUCAUGUACAUGAUGUUACUGGAAAAGGGUUAGCUAAUAAGAUAAUACAAACCCUUGAAAGUUUAUCGUUAAAUUUAAGUUAUUUAAAGGGACAAGGGUAUGAUGGCGCUGCUUCAAUGAGUGGGAAGUUUAAUGGGGUUCAAGCACACAUAUUUAAAAAAUUCCCACUUGCCCCUUACAUACACUGCAGUUCUCAUAGUUUGAAUUUAGCAAUAUCAUUUGCUUGUAAUGUUAAAGCUAUACGAAACACCAUGGGAACAAUUCAAGAAGUUUGCACAUUUUUUCGAACACCUAAAAGACAACAUACUUUGACUGAAUCUAUCAAAUUAAAACUACCUGAAGUAAAAGCAACUCGACUGAAAAUUCUUUGUACAACUAGAUGGGUUGAACGGCAUGAUUCAGUAAUACUUUUAAUUGAAUUGUUUUCAGCAGUUAUUGAUGCUCUUGAAAAGAUUAGUAUAUGGUUGGACAUAGAAGCAUCAUCUAAAGCAAAUAGACUUUUUGAUGCCAUAACAAAAUCAGAAUUUAUAAUAUCUAUUCAUAUUAUUGGAAAAAUAUUUGCUAUUAGUCUUCCUCUGAGCCGUCAAUUGCAGACAGAGAAUAUUGAUCUUGUUCAAGCUCUCCAAUUCGCAAGUUGUGUUGAGAGUACAAUAAAUUCAUACAGAGAUAACGUAAUUGAAGAGUUUUCAAAAGAAUUUCUAAAAGUAAAUAAUUGGUGUAAGGAAUUAAAUUUAAACAUCAGUUUUGAUUUAACAAGAACACAAAUACAAUCUAACAAGCAAAUGGGUUUAAAUGAAAAAUCUAUUGAAGAAUUUUAUAGAUUGACAGUUUUUAUUCCUUUCUUAGAUAGUUUUUUAACACAGCUUCAUGACAGAUUCUUACAACACAAAAAUUUACUAAAAAACUUUAGUUGUCUUCUACCAGCGAAACUAAGUUCAUCAAUUUUAAAUGAUGGAGAGGAUGAAAUAAUAAACUUAAUUAGGGCAUAUAUGGUUGAUAUUGAAACUACUGAACUUGGAGCUAUAGGAGAAAAUACAACAUCAGAAAAUAGAUUGAAUGGUUUGGCGCUUCUAAAUAUACACCAAGAAAUUAAAGUUACAUCUGAAAAUGUUUUAAACUUAUUAUCAGCUAAUGCCAGAAAAUUAAACUUUUGA